AUGCGAACAAUUUUGCUUACUCUUCUCAUUCUGUAUAUCACAUCGCUAGCAUCCUCAGAAGCAGCUGACUCGGAAAAAUGUGAACACAAUUGGGCGGAGUUGCGGGCCCUGAUCAAAAGCAACUGGAUAAAAACGUUCGAAGAAGCCCGUUGCAUGAUUCAUCAAAAGAUCAGGAAAAAUUUUGCUGAAGAUGGAUUGGGUGACAAGUAUCUGGAGAUCGCCAGAAUCAGUGAGUGA